AUGUCUUUAAAACUUUUGACGUUCCUCUUUCUCCUAUCUGCUGCUGUGAUCUACCACAUUCCCGUCGUGACUUGCAGAAGAACAUGGUGCACGGCGAUGCCUACUUCCACAACUGAGCAGUUACAAUCCAACAUUAACUUUGCUUGCAAUCAUGUGGAUUGUGCACCGAUCCAACCCGGUGGAUUUUGCUAUUACCCUAAUACUUUACUAGACCAUGCUGCGUUUGCCAUGACCAGAUACUACAGGAGUCAAGGUCACACAUAUGCUGCUUGUAGCUUCGGCAAUACUGGUUACAUUAUAUCUUCCGACCCAAGUGUUGGCACAUGUAUCUUUUAACUUUAGCUUUAAAAAGAACUCUUCAUAGAACUUAUAAAAUGUUAUUUUGCUUUAAUAACGGGUUUCUGUUUUCGAACUCUU